AUGCUCCGUAAUACCGGUUACCAAAAGUCCUCAGGAGGCUCCACUGUCGGCACUCCCUCCAUGAAACGCACCGCCGUCGCCUCGCCUUCAAACAUCCCCACACCCGGCACCGGUGACGGCGUUUCCGCUUCAGAGAUGGCUCGCAAACGACAGGUCAGGAAAGACGAUGCUAUCCGCAAAAAGCUUGACCAAGAACUGGGCAGAAAGAAGCCUUCUACCAGAGCCCAUGGCUCAACCCGUCCUGUCCAGGGUACCGUCGGAUCUCUUCGGCCAUCCCCAGCAUUGACCCUUCAUGAUACAGCGAUGGUGAUUGAUGCAGCAAGAAUCAUGGCCGCUAAGAGAGCCGAUGCCGUUCUUGUCAUCGAUUCACAGGACCAGACCCUUGUUGGUAUCAUGACUGACAAGGAUCUCGCCUUCCGUGUCGUUGCCGAGGGACUCGAUGUCCGCAACACCCUCAUCGCCCAUGUCAUGACCAAGAACCCCUUCUGCGUGACAACCGAUACCAAUGCCACAGAUGCACUCAACAAGAUGGUCAGCGGUGGAUUCCGUCAUUUGCCUUGCUUGAAUGCGGAUGGCGAUGUUGUUGGUUUACUGGAUAUCACAAAGUGCCUGUACGAGGCAUUGGAGAAACUGGAAAAGGCCAACAAGUCAUCCAAGCAGCUUGUCGAUGCUCUGCAGGGAAUGCAGUCGGAAUGGUCCCAGUCUGCCAACCCCGAUUUGCAAAACUAUGUCGAUCUUAUGAGAGACAAGAUGGCGUCACCCGACUUGAACACGAUUCUGGAUGAGCAUCAUGGUGUUGCGGAGAUUGGCACCAAGACAUCGGUCCGUGAGUCUGCUCGUAUCAUGAAGCAGUACCAUACCACCGCCAGCUUGGUCAUGGAAGAUGGUCGCAUUGCAGGAAUCUUUACCACCAAGGAUAUUGUUGUCAGAGUGAUGGCUGCAGGAUUGGAGCCCGAGAGGACCUCAGUGAUCCGUGUCAUGACACCUCAUCCUGACACUGUCCCAUCCAACAUGACUAUUCUGGACGCUUUGAAGAAGAUGCACGAUAACCACUACCUCCAUUUGCCUGUCGUGGAUGGUCACGGCCAGAUGGCUGGUCUGGUAGAUGUUCUUCAGGUCUCCUUUGCAAUGUUGAACCAGAUGAACACUAUUCAGGGCGAGAGCGCAUCUACGGAGGGUCAGGGUCCUGUCUGGAACAAGUUCUGGGAAUCGACCUUUGCUAGAGAGGAGACUGGCUCAGAGAUUUCGGCAUCAGAUGUCCGGUCAGGAUAUGUUGUAGCACAAUCGGAUAUUCAUUAUGGCAGCGGCAGCGUGAUGGAUUCUUCACUUCGCCUUGACUCACCGGGGAUGGCCCCUCUCUCUGGAACAGACGAUGUCGGAAACGAGUUCACAUUCAAGUUCCAGGAGAGCGGUGGGCAGGCUCACCGGUUCUCUUCGAGUACGCGGUCGCUUGCCGAGUUGCGCAGCAAGAUUAUUGAAAAGAUUGGCGGACUAGAGGCAGGCACCGAUGUUGUGCUGAGCUACUGCGACGAGGAGGGUGAUAAUGUUAUGAUCCUUCACGACAGCGAUAUUGUGGACGCAGUCCAGAUGGCAUACCGGAGCCAGUCGUCAUUGGUUCGUCUCUCUGUGACAAUCUCUUCAAAAGACGCCAAGAAGGCACCUACGGCGGUUGAGGAAGCAGCACCUCGCGCUCCUAGUGUUGAGGCUAGCCCUAGCGGAUUGAACCCAGUCAUUAUCUCUGGAGCAGUCGGACUUGGUGUUGGACUUGUCCUCGCCCUUGCAUUCACAUUCAUGAAAAGGAACUAG